AUGUUCGACCAAGAUUCAGGUCAAGUCUUCAAAGAAUAUGUCAUGUCACGCGGAGCUCUCGCCGAAUCCGAUGAGAACGCUGCGGAUUGGAGUAAACGCCGACCAUAUCCCUCCUUUACAGCCCGGGGCCCUCGUGGGCCUCGUCCUUUAGUAGAUAUGGCUAUUAGUGUGCUCGCCGAUAAUAUUGGCAAGGUUCGCUCCAGGUCACAUCUCGAGGCUAUUCCGAGCAAUAUGCUAUGGCGCAUUUGGCGGUAUCUUGAGGCCAGAGGCGUAUGUCUUCAUGCUUGGAAGAUGAUUUCAAAAAUUCUCAUGGAUGACCAAGACGACAAGACUCUUGGACUGUACCGCUUCCGACAACACAUCUGCCGUCCUGGGAACGAUAUCACCCGCUAUACCGAACCUCUAACAGCACCGCCCACAGAUUUCAUCACUCAUCUUGUUCUCACAGGCGGAUGCUCUUUCAGCACUCACGAUCUUCUGUGCCUCGCUGACAUGCCUAAUCUCGGUGCCCUUGAACUCAUUCAACCGGCCGAUGAGCUCCGGACUGUCUUCCCAACUGUCUCGGACCGUCUUGUCCGGGGAUGGACAGAGAAGCCUGACCCAUUUCCCUUGCUGCGCAUAUUAAGAAUAUGGGGCGAUCAAUCGACGACGCAGGAGUCUCUCAAGUGGGUGUCCAAGUUCCCUUCUCUCGCAUUGUACGACGUCAUGGGUGCAAGGGAGGACUGGUCUAAGAGCUACGAGACCGCGACUAAGAAUGGGUGGGAACAGGAUGAUGCACCAUCUGGGUUGGAAGACUCGUUGCUACGAUAUCUCAUGUUGUUUGCACCCCUGGAAGAGACCAGGAGCAAACCCCUUCGCGAUCUUGCGGCGAGUAUCGACAGUGACUUGGUCUCUUUGUGCAGCGACUCCCGAUGUGCAGUCAAGUUUGUCCAGGAUCAUCAAGCACCGCCUCUGCUCGACUAUCUUACAGAUACAGCAAAGGUACAGACACCAUCAUGGGAUACCGAUGCCGCAUCUCGAGAAGCUCGUGCUUGUCACGGCGUGGCUUUCGAGUCUUGGGCGUUUUGGCUGUACUCCUUUCUUGGACAACUGAGUUUAGAUCAAGAUUUAGAAGCCCGUGGUGCUCGUCCCUCUACGAAAGCCGUAGCCGGUCCUUUUGUUCUGCCUUCGCGGCCACUAGCAUGCCUGCAUCUAGGCCACAGUUCUCGAUAUGGUGGUAUUGGUACAAGACCUUCCUAUGUCAGUAGAGGGUUGUUCGCAACGCGAAAGUACACUUUUACACGAGACGCUGCUGGUCAAGGUACACCGAAACCGAAACCGGCGCCGAUUCCCAAGAAAGAACCUAGCUUAGUAGCAUCGGAGCGAUCAGCGCCUGUGUUGGCAUUGAGGAAACAGAAGAGGAAGCGACUUGACGAUGUUUUAGAGGCUUUGUCGAGGUGA